AUGUCGUCAAAAUCUUGGCCGACCUUUGCUACGCCACGUGCUGUGGGUGUAAGUAAAUAUCUAGAACGCCACACUGAGCCCUGGUCCUUCAGGAUAGAGGACAGGACGUCAGAUGGGCGAAUCAAGAGCUCCAAAAGAAAAGAUGGUUCCACAGAGAGAUUGGAAAAAGCUUCCAAAACACGAAAGGACAGCGAAAGUCCAACCCCAGGCCCCAGCCAUGUUUUCUUUGAGAAGUCUGCUUUCAGAAAGAAGAGCAGCAAACAAAAGAGCAGCGAUGGAACAAAAGAACCACGCAAUAAAAAGAGGAGGACAUCAAGCUCACAGGAGGAGUCUAACAACUCCAUCUAUGAGACAGAUGAUCCUUUACCUAGCACAUACAACGGUCACACUACAGAGGACUUUGAAGAAAAAUAUGACGAGCAGGAUAUGCUGGGUGAAGGACAGUAUGGGGAAGUGUUCUUUGGAAAACGUAGAGAAGACAACUUCCCAGUGGUAAUAAAACAUGUUCCUCAGAAGUCGCUCUACCGCCAGCCAAUGCUUCUUAAUGGUAGAAUGACCAAGAUUCCUCUGGAGGUGGCAUUGCUGAUAAAAGUGGGGGCAGGACCAGAGGCUACAAGCAGCAAUGUGACCCCAGUUUUACUCGACUGGUAUGACUUAGAAAAAGAACUUAUUAUGGUCUUUGAAGGGGGCAAAAACAACAUAGACUUGGACGUUUACCUGUCAAACAGAAGAGAAAGGAUUUGUGAGAGCGACAUUAAGGUCAUAAUGAGACAGUUGGUAGAUGCAGCCACUGAAAUGCACUCCAAGGGUGUUUUCCAUCAAGACAUUAAGACAGACAAUAUUAUAAUUGAAAACUCAGCUGAACGUUUAGCACGUCCGCGUGUCAAAUACAUUGAUUUUGGCUGUGGAGUCUUUUUUACACCAGAAGCAGUCACUCGAAGAAAUGGGAGAAAAUCACCGGCUCUAAACUUGCUGUUUAACGCCACCAAAGCCGAUUGCAUCACAGUUUUGCAGCUGGGCAGAGUGAUGGAUAGGCUGUUACACAACAUCACCUCUUCCAAGAACAUGUAUUCGAAGCGUACUGAUAUUUCAGAAAACUGCGAGAGUUUUCUGUUAGGUUGCCUGGCAGCCAAAAAUGAAGACCGCCUCACCCUAGAGGAACUUCGAAAUCAUCCCUGGUUCAAAUGACUUAUCGACUCCAAGCACAACAGGGUUACAGAGCAUAAGCUCUAACAGAGAAGUAUUUGGUCAAAUUCUGAAGCCAUGUCACAUAUCUGUGUAUGUUUUUAACAAUUAUGUCAUUUUUACAGUCCUGCCCCUGUAGAGGCACCCCACAAAAACCACGAGAUCGAAGUGGAACUUCCAUGUAUUGUCUUUUCCAUACAUGGUUUCUGUCCAUAAAUGGAAAAUACCCCACCCACCCCCAGCAAUCCGUGGAAAGGGGAUCUCUCUUUGAAUUGCCUUUCCCGAGGUUUCUGCUCAAGUUUUUGAGGAGUUUUUCCUCGUCUUCUUAGAGAGCUUGUGCUGGGUUAAAAAGAGUUGCUACUAUGAACCUGAGUUAUAAAUACAGGUGCAUAGUAGCAACCUGUAUUGCUGCACUGAUCAAUAAUUAAUUGAUCAGUGAUCAAUUAAUUAUUCAUGAAUCAAUUUAACCAAAAAAUUUGACAAAUCUAAAGAAAUGUAUUAAUCAGGGAAUUAGC